AUGGAUAUGCUGCCGGCGAACAAAUUGAAAAUACAUGAACUAACAAGGCAUGCUUCGUUUGGCGAUGGUAAGAACAACAACAAGAAGUCAUCAUCCGACCAAUUCGUGGUCGUAGACUUGAAGGCAACCUGCUGGAACAGGGACGACAACAAGUAUGGAGUCAGCCAAGAGAUUAUCGAGUUCUCGUCCGUCCUCGUCGACGCUGCAACCGGUCACCCCAUGUCGUCCACCUUCCACGAGUAUGUCAUCCCAACAGAACAUCACGAGCUGAGCGAGUUCUGCAAGAACUACAACGGCAUCAAGCAGGAAGAUGUGCAACGCGGUAAUGGCGCCGUGACGCUGUCCGAGGCGCUGCAGCUGCACGAAGCCUGGAUACAGGAGAACAAUAAUGGAAGAGGAGGUGGUGGCGGCGGUGGCGGCGGGAGCGGCAGCGGCAGCGGCCUCGACGUCAACAGCAGCGCCGCCGUCGUCGUCGUGACGUGGGGCAACUGGGACUGCCGCACGAUGCUGAAGCAGGAGUGCCUUCGCAAGGACUUGCGCAUCCCCUGA